AUGGCUCUAGGGCGAAGACGAAUGCAGUCUUUUUUGAUAGAGAUGCCCCUGUCCAUGGAUGUCGAUGGCCUGGACGUCCUCGUCUCUGCCGUUCCAUUGACCUCCGACGCCUUUGCUCCGUUCGGCGAGCUUGUCGAGAACCCAAGGCCGGACCUCCAUCCCUCACAGCACCCUGCCGUCGCCGAUCCCGGCGGCGCAAAGGCACAGGCACCGCUACCCUUUGAUGCCGUGUCUGCGAACCAGGGCUCUGCUAUCAAGUAUCAGCAUGUCACCCGCAUGGUCAACCUGUAUGGCCAGGCGCCCAGCAAAGCACCUGGGGAGGCCGUCAUGAACAUGUUCACAUGUGCGGCGCGCAAGCUCCAGCGCCAGCGCCAAGGCUCGGAACCGGCGUCCGGCAGUGAAGGUUAUUUCAACGUCCGGAUCCUCGAACGGCACCCCUACACCACGCAGACCUUCAGCCCUCUGGCAAAGGAUCCUAAUGCGCGGUAUCUUUCCCCUCGUCUGGCGUCCCUCAUGGGCGAUCACAGGUUCUCCCGGGACGUGGGCUCCCAGAUCUGCGUCGACUGA